ACCAGUUGAAUCAUUUAAGUUGCUUAGUGACCAGUAUCAUGGAUUCUCUUGAAGACACCUUCAGGACCCUCUCGAUCUCCAGACGACUGCAGCCACAGGAACCAUCGUACAUCCUGGAUUUGGCCUUGUCACCCAAAUCUGGCACUGAACUGAUAGCAGCGAGCUUUUCAAAUCAUGUUGUUCGCCUACACAGCAAAGAGACCCUGCGAGUUUGGGGAGAAUACACCGGCCACACGGGCUCAGUGUUCGGGGUUCGAUUCUCUCCAUCCUCACCAGAUGUGCUGUUUACUGGCUCUUCUGAUGGGACGAUACGGUGCUGGGACGUACGUCAGCCCGGAUCCUCGGCGGUUCGAGCGUUCAGGAGCAAGCCGGAUCAUUCCUACUGCUCGUUUGACAUUAGCUGUAAUGGUUCGGUAGUGUGUGCUGGAACAGAGCAGGUGGACGAGGACAGCUUCCUUGUUUUCUGGGAUGCACGAAUGGCGGGAGAUGGAAGUGGGGGUGGAGCCAAAAAGGAAGGUCUGCUGGGGGUGUACUCGGAGUCUCACAGCGAUGACAUCACAGCUGUGUGCUUCCACCCGACCGUGGCAGACAGGCUGGCUUCGGGUUCCACUGACGGCCUGGUAAACGUGUUCGAUUUGAGUUCGGGAGAAGAAGACGAUGCUCUUAUUACUACCUGCAACUGCGACUCGUCUGCUAGCGCCCUCUGCUGGUCAGGUAAAAGUGCAGAUCAGCUCCUGUGUCUGACUCAUGAUGAAGGUCUCUAUCUUUGGGAUUUGGCUCGACUGGACGGCGAGGACUCGUUCACUCUCUUCAGCUCAUCAGACGCCCGGACUCUCGUCCCUCUAUCCGAAGGAAAUUCACUGGACUACCUGAUAGGAGGAACGUGGUUGGAAGAGGAAGGCCGUCUCUUCCUACUGGGUGGAUCCCACAGUGGAGCGCUCCACCUGCUGGACUGCAGUGGGACUGGAUUGAAGUUGGUAACAUCACUGAAAGGUGGACAUUCAUCCACCGUCAGGUGUUUCCAGUGGGACGGUUUGAUGGGGUGUUUGCUGACGGGAGGUGAGGACGGACAGCUGCUGCAGUGGAAGGCGGAGUGGAAGGUGGAGGAGAUCAGUGUGGGAAAGAAGGAGAAUCUGAAGAGCGUCUCAUCCAUGCAGCACAAAACUAAAGCACACAGACAGCAGGUCAUUAAGAGCGAGAAAAAGAAGAGUGAUUAGACCAGCAUUUCUAAAAUUAACUCUCUCUCUCUUGCCUAAUUUUAAUAAAUUCUGUUGGACUGUAUAAUUUUUUAUUAUUAUUGAUAUUUUAUCAUGAGUUAAGGUCAGUGGUUUACAUACUGUACACUUGUAGGAGGUUUCUUCAAAAAGUUUUUUUUAAUUCUAUUUAUUAAGAAUUUUAAAAACAAACUACAUCACUUUUCUACACCAUCACCUUCCUUUGCGAUGCAUUUUUCUCAGCGUCAUACCAACUUUUUAAUGCCAUCAGCACAAACUGCUUUUGGUUGAGCGUGUAGCCACUGAUGCACCACUGCUUUCACAUCAUCAUCACAUGAACAUUUCUUCCCCUUAAAGCUUCUUUGAGCAUACAAACAGGUGGAAAUCAGAUGGUGCUAAAUCCGGACUAUAAGCUCUCUCUCAGUCUCUCAGACCCGACCAAUUACCACUCCUCCCACCCUCACCGCUUCCAACCAAAAUAUAAAAGUGCAGAAACUUUUUGAAGAUCCUUCGUUAUUGUAUUUCACUUUUUACCUUUAAUAUAAAACCACUGACUAUUAAUUAAUAUAAAAUUUUCGGGUUUGAAUAAAUUUUGUGUCUCUCUGGUAGGGCUGGGUGGUAUGAUGGUACAUUUGGUAUACUGUCUUUGAUUCCUCAUACCGUAUUUCAAAUACCACCAUACUGUAGCGUAAUUAAUACAACAGCUGUAGGCUUCAGUAGGCAGCAAAUCAUACAAUAUCCCGCUAUAGACAGUCAAGAAAUAAGUUUUCAGAGCAAUAAUUAAAACAAUAGAUUUCGGGUUUGCCUUACAGGGCGAAAAUCAAUGUUAUAAGCGAACUGGAAGCAGAGGUAUAUAAAGUCUGUGGUCAAGUUGUACAGUGGAGUUUGCAAACAUCAUUUUAUUUGUUAAAGGGAGAGCUGAGGGUAAUUGUACAAUACUUAAAUAUUAAAUAAACAGAAAAUUUUUAUUUAUUGCAACUGUUUCACACGUACUGAUUUCAUCAUAUAUUAUGUCAUUUUGUGGGGCCAAGCAAAGCUUAUAGAUCUAAAAACCAUUAUAUACAUGGUGAAAUUAAACUUUUUUUAUUCUAUGUAUUUAUGUCAUACAAAAUAAAACAUACUGUGAU